AUGAAGUUUGUUGCCAUCAUCGCUUCCCUGGCGUCCAUCGCCGUCGCCGCCGACGUGUCCACGACCAUCACCUGCCCUGACUGCAAGACGCCCGCGUCGACCAACGACGUGGUCACCCGCUCGCCCCUGCCCACCACCAGCUGCGACUCGCCGUCCCUCACCGUCGUCAAGACGGGUGGUGCGCAGAGCACCGGCGGUAUGAGCUCGAGUGCCUCCGGUAGCCAGACCGGCAGCCCUACCGGCGUCCCCGUUACUGGCGGUGCUGGUCGCGUUGCCGGAGGUGCCCUGGUCGCUGCUGUGGUUGCCGUCGCCAUGCUUUAA